GAUUGCGAUCCACGCCUUUAAUGUCGCGACUAGAUUCGAGCGACCCCUCCUGCGCAGACGGCACUAUAAAUAGGGGAUCCCCUCCUCGUUCUUCCUCCCUCAUCUGCCAACGCCGCUUUCGCAGUCCGUUUUACGAAUCGAAUCGACCACCGUCUUCGCUCGUUGCACUCACGAGAAGAGACGCCAACAGGAGCGCUGUCAUCAAUGGCCGCCAAAGUCUACAUUGUUUACUAUUCGAUGUACGGUCACGUCGAGAAGCUCGCUGAAGAAAUCAAGAAAGGAGCCGAUUCAGUGGAAGGAGUAGAAGCAACAUUAUGGCAGGUUCCCGAGACACUGCCUGAGGAGGUUCUGGGCAAGAUGGGCGCCCCGCCGAAGAAGAGCGAUGUGCCGAUAAUCACCGCGAAUGAGCUCGCGGAGGCCGACGGCAUCAUCUUCGGCUUCCCGACCCGGUAUGGGAUGAUGGCUGCGCAGUUCAAGGCCUUCAUGGACUCGACUGGCGGCCUCUGGGGCUCACAGAAGCUGGCGGGCAAGCCCGCGGGGAUCUUCUUGAGCACCGGGUCUCAAGGAGGUGGACAGGAGACCACUGCAUUGACCGCGAUCACUCAGCUGACCCACCAUGGUAUGAUCUUCGUCCCUGUCGGGUACACUUUCGGGGCCGGCAUGUUCGAGAUGGAGAAGGUGAAGGGCGGGAGCCCAUACGGUGCCGGGACCUUUGCCGGCGACGGCUCGAGGCUGCCGACGGAGCUCGAGCUCGGGCUUGCGUUCCACCAGGGCAAGUACUUCGCCGACAUCGCCAAGAAGCUCAAGGGCACUGCUUGAAUUUCUGCUCUGAUGAUAUGGAAACUCAGUGAAUAAUCUGAUGAUUCAGUGAAUAAUCUGUUCUCUUCAAAUAGCCUUGGCUUUCAACUUUCACAUUGUAACGAGUUUUUAAGAUAUUUCAUUAUUUUGGGCAUUGAAUGUUUUGGUGUGUGUAGUUUAUUUUAUAUCCUACUUUUACCGUCUAUCUUAUUGGACCUUAUUCUCUCU